AGGAGCGUCUCCCUAUGAGACGGAGCAACUAAAGAUGGCGGCUGAAGGGCUGCUGUCCAGUUUGUGGCGGUUGCUGUUUCUGGGGCUCCUAUUACCUGCAAGUCUGACCGGUGGCGUCGGGAGUUUGAACCUGGAGGAACUGAGUGAGAUGCGUUACGGGAUCGAGAUCCUGCCAUUGCCUGUCAUGGGAGGGCAGAGCCAAGCCUCGGACGUAGUGAUUGUCUCCUCCAAGUACAAACAGCGCUACGAGUGCCGCCUGCCUGCUGGAGCGAUUCACUUCCAGCGUGAAAGGGAGGAGGAGACACCUGCUUACCAAGGGCCUGGGAUCCCGGAGUUGUUGAGCCCCAUGAGAGAUGCGCCCUGCCUGCUGAAGACCAAGGACUGGUGGACAUAUGAAUUCUGUUAUGGACGCCACAUCCAGCAGUACCAUAUGGAAGAUUCAGAGAUCAAAGGUGAUGUCCUCUAUCUCGGCUACUACCAAUCGGCCUUCGACUGGGAUGAUGAAACUGCUAAGGCUUCCAAGCAGCAUCGCCUGAAACGCUACCACAGCCAGACCUAUGGUAAUGGGUCCAAGUGUGACCUCAAUGGGAGGCCCCGUGAGGCUGAGGUUCGGUUCCUCUGUGACGAGGGAGCAGGUCUUUCUGGGGACUAUAUCGACCGGGUGGAUGAGCCCCUGUCCUGCUCUUAUGUGCUGACCAUUCGGACUCCUCGGCUCUGUCCCCACCCUCUCCUCCGACCCCCACCCAGUGCUGCUCCCCAGGCCAUUCUCUGUCACCCCUCCCUGCAGCCUGAGGAGUACAUGGCCUACCUGCAGAGGCAAGCUGACCCAAAGCAGAGUGAAAAGAAAAUCCCAGAGGAGGAACAAGAUGUAGCUCAUCCAAUGUGGACUGAAACCAAGUCUAGAGUAGUGUCCCCAAAGAAAUCAGGUACAAGCCCAGCCAAGGAUGAAAGUAAAGAAUCAGAUUUCUGGAAGAUGCUUCAUGAGCCAGAGGACCAGGCCCCAGGAGAGGAGGAGGUGCAGGUGGAGGAGCAAGAUCUGAACCUUGAGGCUGCAGCAGAUCCAGCCCCUGGUCCUCCUGAUGAUUUCCAGAACAACGUGCAGGUCAAAGUCAUCAGGAGCCCUGCAGACUUGAUUCGAUUGAUAGAAGAGCUGAAAGAUGGUGCAAAGAAGGGGAAGCCAAAUGCAGGCCAAGAGCAGCCUGGAGAUAGCGCUGCAGAAGCUCCUCCGAGGGAAGCAGAGGGGCAGGAAAAGGGUGACGCCGAGCACCAUGCUGCGCUAGAAGAGGAGGAGGACAAUGAUGAGGAUGAAGUAGAAGAUGAGGAUGAAAGGCAGUUACUAGGAGAAUUUGAGAAGGAACUAGAAGGGAUGUUGCUUCCAUCAGACCGAGAGCGGCUUCGUUCUGAGGUGAAGGCUGGCAUGGAGCAGGAACUGGAGAACAUCAUCCAGGAGACAGAGAAGGAGCUGGAACCAGAUGGGCUAAAGAAGGAGUCAGAACGUGACAGAGCGAUGCUGGCCCUGACCUCCACGCUCAACAAGCUCAUCAAAAGGCUGGAAGAAAAGCAGAGUCCAGAGCUGGUGAAGAAGUACAGGAAAAGAAGAUUUUUCCCCAGAAAGUCUCCCCCAUCACCGCACCCCACAGAGGAGGAUCCUGAGCACAGAGUCCGGGUCCGGGUCACCAAGCUCCAUCACAGAGGCCCCAAUCAGGAUCUGACUGUCCUCGAGAUGAAACGGGAAAACCCACAGCUGAAACAAAUCGAGGGGCUGGUGAAGGAACUGCUGGAGAGGGAGGGACUCACGGCCGAAGGAAAAAUUGAAAUCAAAAUCAUCCGCCCGGGAGCUGAAGGGACUGAGGAGGAUGCACGCUGGCUGACUGAUGAGGACACGAAAAAUCUCAAGGAGAUCUUCUUCAAUAUCUUGGUUCAGGGAGCAGAAGAGGCCCACAAGGAGCGCCAGCGCCAGAAAGAUCUGGAGAGCAAUUAUCGCCGGGUUUGGGGUUCCCCUGGCGGAGAGGACACGGGGGACCUGGAUGAGUUUGACUUCUGAGACCCUCACUGCAAGACCUCCAAGGAGUCCAAAAUCUUCCUGACUGGCCCUGCCUUCUCCUCAUCAACCCUGGGAUCCUAGAGGCAAAAUGACAAGAUGCUCAGCUGUGGACUCCUGGGGCCCAGUCAUGGGGUGGACAUGGGGGGUGCUGAGGACUGUUGCAGCUGCCAAGAGCCACCUUCAUACCACACUGGACCAGGGUAGCUGCUUGCUCCGACUCUCCUACAUGCCCUUCCCUUCCUCCUUGGCUUUCCCUGUUAUCUUCCCCUGCCUUUCUUCUUCUACCUAGACACUCAGUGAGCGCUUGCAUGGGGCAGGACCAAUUAGCAGGCCCCAGUAAAGCAGCCUGCCCACCCAUGCCCUGCUGCUGUGUGGCAUCACUGCCCCCUCCCUUAGAUUUCCUUCUCCCUUCCUGUUCCCACUGUCCCCUACAAUCCCUAUUUCUGCAUCAGAGAGCCUUCACCUCUUUCAUUGAGGAAAUGGGAGAGCAUUGUACAUCACCUUGGACACAAUCCAGCAAAAGGGUGUGAUGAGGAACCACCCACUACGUUCAUCCACAAUCAGGUUUCUAAAUAAAGAACUGGACCAUC